AUGGAAGAUCAUUUAACUCAUCCUUGGGCUGCAAGUCUUCCAUCGGUUAUAUUUUUUAUUAAUACACGGACAACACGUACAACAAAAAAAGCAUCUGAUCAAUUAGUCUUUGGACAAGGUCCACGAACUAACAAUCAUUAUUGGGAAUCUCUUCAUGGUGCAGCUUUAACUGAUGAAUCAUCAGUUGAUGAUUUCAUUGUUGAUAAAAUUACACCAUCUAAUAAAAGCAUAAUUUGUGAACAAUUACAUUCAGCAUUUAUAUCAAAAAAUUCAAAUAUUCAAUCAGAUUGA